AGCGAGUGAUCAAAAAGUAAGAUAAGAUGAAACGUACGGAUAUCCUCCAACAAUUUUUCAGUUGCCUGGUGUCGUGGUCGUGCUCUGAUCCUCUUGGUACCGCAAGUCAUCGGCCCUUAAAGAAAGGUAUGUUCCUCGGUAUGAAUAGUAUUUUAAUAAAAGAUCACACGACGAUGGUAUCAUCCGACUGCCAUGAUAUGAAUGGAGCGGUUUGAUC